AUGGGAUUGAGUAGGGUGCAGGCAGUUUUCUUUGAUCUAGACAACACUCUCAUCGAUACUGCCGAGGCCAGUAGAAGCGGCAUGUUGGAGGUGGUAAAGCUCUUACAAUCAAAAUACCAUUACAAAGAAGAAGCUAAAAUCAUCUGUGAUAAAGUUCAAGUUAAACUCAGCAAGGAAUAUUUUUAUCCUUCCAAUACAUGUGUUACUGAUCUAAGGACUUCACAUUGGGAAGAAGCUAUCCAGGAAACAAAGGGUGGUGUGGCCAAUAGAAAAUUAGCCGAAGAAUGUUAUUUUCUAUGGAAAUCUACACGUUUACAGCACAUGACGCUGGCAGAAGAUGUAAAAGCCAUGCUCACUGAACUUCGAAAGGAGGUCCGCCUAUUGCUAUUAACGAAUGGAGACAGACAGACUCAGAGGGAGAAGAUUGAGGCUUGUGCCUGUCAGUCCUAUUUUGAUGCUAUUGUUGUAGGUGGAGAGCAGAAAGAGGAGAAGCCAUCACCGUCCAUAUUUUACUACUGCUGUGAGCUCCUUGAAUUGCAACCAGGAGACUGUGUGAUGGUUGGUGACACACUGGAAACCGAUAUACAAGGAGGCCUCAAUGCAGGAUUAAAAGCAACAGUCUGGAUAAAUAAAAACAGAAUAGUUCCUCAGAAGUCAUCUCCUAUUCCCCAUUAUAUAAUUUCUUCUGUGUUAGACUUACCUGCUAUCUUACAAAAUAUAGACUGCCCAGUCAAUGUGUCAAUUUAA